ACAUAGUUGGGUUUGAUCCAAUGGCUGAGAGCUACUCAAGCUAUUGUAGUUCCCUUAAACCCAUUGCAAUAGAAGUUCACUAGGGUUUUAGCACCGCUGCACAUAACAAAGAACAACAAAGGGUUGCGUGGAGAAUUUGGUGUAUUGUUGGCGUUUAAGGUUCCAGGAAUGGCUUUCUUUGGUAGAGUUGGGAACAUACUGAGACAAACAACUAAUAGGAAGAUCAAUUCAGAGUUUUGUUCAUCCCGAUCUGUUUUCCAGGCUAUUCGGUGCAUGUCUAAUGUUCCUCCCAAUUCAAAGCUGUAUAUCGGAGGUGUUUCAUAUUCUAUUGAUGAGCAAAGCUUUCGUGAAAUUUGUUCAAAAUACGGGCAAGUUGUUGAUGCAAGGAUAGUUAUGGAUCGCGAAACUGGUAGGCCCAGAGGAUUUGGUUUUGUCACUUACAGUACAGUUGAGGAGGCAUCAAGUGCCAUUCAGGCCUUGGAUGGACAGGAUCUGCAUGGUCGCCGGAUCAAGGUAAAUUUUGCUGCUGAAAGACCUCGUGGAUUUGGUGGUGGUGGUUUUGAUGGAUCUUAUGGCAGUACUCCCUAUGGUGCUGGAGCUGGCACCAGUUAUCCAGGUAGUUAUGGAAACUCUCCAUAUGGCACUGCUACAAGUGGUGGUGGUUAUGAUAAUACAGGUGGUGGCAAUGCUGCUGGAGGUUAUGGCAGUAGUGGAUAUGAUGGAGGUGGCAAUUUUGGGGGCAGCAGAUUUGGCAAUAACUACGGUGAUGCUGGUGCCUAUGGUAGCAAUGCUGCUGGAGGUUAUGGAAGUGGUAGAUAUGGUGGAGGAUCUGGUGGCAAUGCUGGUGCCUAUGGUAGCAAUGCUGCUGGUGUUUAUGGCAGCAGUGGAUAUGGUGGAGGAUCAGGUGGUGAUGCUGGUGCCUAUGGUAGCAAUGCUGCUGGAGGUUAUGGCAGCGCUGGAUAUGGUGGUGAUGCUGGUGCCUAUGCCUAUGGUAGCAAUGCUUCUGGAGGUUAUGGCAGUGGUGGAUAUGGUGGAGGAUCUGGUGGUGAUGCUGGUGCCUAUGGUGUUAAUGCUUCUGGAGGUUAUGGCAGCAGUGGCUAUGAAGGAUCAGGUGGCAGUUUCGGGGACAGAAGCUCUGGCAAGAACUAUGGUGAUGCUAGUGCCUUUGGUGGCAAUGUUGGUGGAGGUUAUGGCAGUGGUGGAUAUGGUGGAGGACCAGGUGGUGAUGCUGGUGCCUAUGGUAAUGCUGCUGGAGGUUAUGGUGGAGGAUCAGGUGGCAGUUUUGGGGACAGUGGUUCUGGCAAGAACUAUGGUGAUGCUGGUCCCAAUGCUGCCAGGCAUGGAAGCAAUGGAUAUGGUGGAGGAUCAGGUGGCAGUUUUGGGAACAGCAGUCCUGGUAAGAACUUUGGUGAUGCUGCUGGUGGCAAUGCUGCUGGAGGUUACAGUGGCAGUGGAUAUGGUGGAGAAUCAAAGGGCAGCAGUUUUGGGGGAAGCAGCUAUGGUGCUGGUGGUGGUUACAGUGGAAAUGGAAUUAAUUAUGGAAAUGCUGGUAGCUUUCCAAGCAGUAGCACUUACAAUGAUGGAACAGGUAGAGGCUAUGGUGGUAACGGUGAGAAUUAUGGUGUUGCUGUGGGUGGUGAAGGUAAUACUGGUAACUUUGGUGGCACUCCAGGUAGUGGUUAUGGUAGUUAUGGUGCUUCUGCCGGAUUUGGCAAGAGUAAUAGUUAUGAUAGUACUGCAGGAAUUGGUGGCAGAAGUAGCUAUGGUAGCACUGCUGCUGGUAGCGGCGGCCAGAGUGCUGGUGGUAGUCAACGCCCUGGAAGUGCCAUGAUGUAUGGCAAUGUUGGUACAGGUACUACUAACAGUGGCUUUGGUGGUGGAUAUUAUGGCAGCAAUGGCCAAUUUGCUAGCAAUCAAGACAGCAGCAAUGUUGGUCAACAUGGUGGAGAUUUUGGAGGCUCCUUUGAAGAAAAUUUCAAGAACGCUGAUGGUGAAAAUGAUGCCUUUGUUAGACGGGCUUGAAGGAAUCUCAAGAGUUCCAAGGUUUUUACUGCCCUGUUGCCUACCCUUCAUCUAAGUUUUGCCUUACCAGAAGUAUUAUCAAUCAUAGCAAAUAUAAAGCUUGGAAGAAAGAAACCUAGUCAGUCCUCUUUGUUUAAUUCUUUCAUUUUGUCACAAAUCAGGCAUUUAGAUUUUGUUGCAUAGUUUAAGGUGAUUUUGUCGUUUGAACUGAUUGAGAUCUUUAUUCAGCAUGUAAAUAAAUUUAUUGUUGUCACAAUGUGAUUUUUAGACUGGCGUAGUAAUUUUGUCUCUCAACAAAUCCUCCAACUUUGAGUUUAAAUGCUACAGGUAUAUGCCUUAAUUUGGA